AUGAUAUACGAGAUUGCUACGCAACGCCCCGGACAGUCCAUAAAAGCCCCGGGUAGCUUCGUCCGGCAACUUCUAUCGUCGUCACCAUCGAGUUCCAUUCCACUUCAACAUCUUCGAGAUUUCUCGGAGAGAGAGAGAGGUUCGACUCAAUGCUUUGUGUACAUGUUCCACAAGAAGUGCAAGUCCUACGACGUCUAUGUGUGUAGAGGCUGCAAGAAAGAACAAUUACAUAACCAGAUUGAGGUCUGUGUGCAUACUAACUUAGAUACAAAUACAAAAAUGAACUGCGAAAUACAGGUUGUCGGGGACCAGUUCCAGUCGGAUCCUUGCAGGCGUUCUCACGCCUGCGUAAGUGUGAACGUUCUAGGAGAUAAAGUAGAAAGAAGAGCACAUCAGUUCGACAUAUAUUUUGUCGCACUUCGCAAGUAUUUACUUCAGAAGUGCAGUGAAAUUCGAAAGGACCCUCGAUAUAGAAAGUUGACCACAACCGAAAUUCUGGAGGAUAUGUUGGAAGAAUAUGAGGCAGACGGAACGAUGAGAGCGGAGGAUCGCCAAGAAAUGAUGCUUAGCUUUCAUCGAGGAAAUCUAAACUCGAUAAGAAGCGCGAUCGCGAAGUACUUUGCAGACAUGUUGUAUUUUGUAAUCAUGGCUCAGGCAUACCACAAGGUGAAGGGGAUCACUUGGGAUAACAUCCCACAGUCUUUAUCCCACUUGAGAGAUGGAACUCAGUUUUUGCAGUUGAGAACCCCACAGUUGCAAUUGUAUUACUCACUAAAAACAAUCGAGAAAGCCUAUCACAACGGCCUUUGCGUUUCGGUCGCAGAUGGGGUGCAUAAGAUAAUGCCGGAGAAAUUGGGGGAUCACAGCCAGCUGUACACGAUCCACAGUGUAUGCAACAACGGCUUGGAGGUCCCUCUUUUCCAUGCUCUAACGAAGAACAAAACGGAGGCCAUGUACAAGACCAUAUUUGAGCAUAUUAGACAAGUUUUAGUCACACUAGGAUGGGGUGCCCAUGUUGCGGUUGGUUGUGGUUUUGUGAUGGCCGUCAUCCGCGCCGCGAAGGCUGUAAUUCUGGGUAUAACCGUUGAAGGCUGCGCAUUUCACCUGGCACAAGCAUGGAAUCGUAAGAGGGAAAUCCUAGGUUUGAAGCGCUUUUUGAAGGGCCCACAAAGGAGCAGGGCAGUUUUGAAGUGGUGGAGAUCAAUAAAGGGACUAGCAUUCUUGCCUAAGCAUCUACAUCGACGGGUGCCUGGGCUUUAUCGUCCAUCCUUCCCUUCGACCCACGAGGCUUAUCAAAAAUGUGUGCAGUUUCUGGCUUAUCUCCACAGUACCUGGUUAAGAGGGCCAUACGCGGAAUUAUGGUGCAAAUGGGGAAUGAACGAGCUCCGCACUACAAACCUGGCGGAAGCAUAUCACAGCAAACUGCGCCGAGUCCUUAAAAAGAAGAACGUGGACCUGGAUGCUCUUCUUAAGCGGGUGCGAGCAGCGAACACGAGAGCAUUCGCGGAUCUCUGCGCAUUGGAACGAAUGCCAGAUGAGGAGAGAAGGCUAAGGAAACGAGACCGGGACCGGCGACUAAAAAUAGCGGCAGAAAUGCGACGUUUCGAAAGAGUAAUGGAGAGGCCGUGCAUCCUGACGUCAACAAUCAUCAAGUACUGCCGUCGAAUGUCACAGUUUGUCUCCGAGAAAACUAUUUGA